AUACGAAUAUUGUCAAUAAAUAAAAAUAAAUGCGAAAUUCAUUUGGUAAACUUUUUGUGGCUUUGCAUCAACAUAAAAAGGCGAAAUUAAAUAGCAAAAUAAACAAAUAAUACGAAAGUUGUGCGAGUAAAUUGAAAAUUGUUCAUUGAGUGUCGGUUGCGUAGCCGCAGAUUCAAACGAAACCAACAUAAAAAACCAAUAAAAAAAAAAAAAUAAAAAAUAAAAAAUACAUAUUAAGUGAAAAACUCUGUCGAAAUUUGUGAAAAUAAAAGCAAGAGAAACAAACACGAAAAUGGAGCGCAAACAUUUGAGCUGGUUUUUGGCGCUGUUGCUGGGCGUAUUAAUAGUCCAGAACCGCAUUUGCUCAGCUCUUGCCGAUCAGGAUGAGGAUAUACCACACAAUGAAGUGCGCAACUGGGCUCUCAAGUUUGGUGUUGAUUUAUGGGAAUUCGGUCGCCAAUUUACCAAAAUGAAUGAGAUCAAAAGUCGUUUUAAGGACAACGACAUCGAAGUGAAGCGCAAGGAUGGCAUUAUAUUGCUGCGUGAAUUAGCGGCCGAGGUGAAGAACUUUAUGGAUUUCAAGCGUAACGCUGUAAUGCGCUUGAUGGACUCGGCUGAGCAGGCGGCGCUCUCCGAAUUGGAUGGUCAGAGCAACUCAGAUUCUGGGCAAUUGAGUCAGCAGCAUUACGAUGCAAGGCGCAUCAAUGAGUAUAAUGCCGAUGGCAAAUUGGCGGACGGAGCGCGUCACAUGGACAUACGAUUCAUGCGUCGCUUCGAGCGUCUGCCGGUAAAUCUCAGUCUAAGCUCGAUUCUGGUGCCGCACGGCGUCGAUUUGGAUGAGACGGACGUGAAGUCGGCAUUGCAGUGGAGCGCCCAUUUGGAUCCACUCUUCCAGAAUAACUUGGAGCGAGAUCCGGCAUUGUCCUGGCAAUACUUUGGCUCGUCUUCGGGCUUCCUGCGACGCUUCCCAGGCACUGCCUGGCCACCGGAGGGCUCCAAGGGCAGCAAGCUAAUCCAUGAUUUUCGCACACACAACUGGUUCGUGCAGGCCGCAUCCUCGCCCAAGGAUAUUAUGAUUCUGCUGGAUGCCUCGUCAAGCAUGUCGGAGAAAUCGUUUGAUCUGGCCACGGCUACGGCUUUCAAUAUACUGGACACACUCGGCGAGGAUGACUACGUGAACUUGAUAACCUUCUCGGAGGUGGUCAAGACACCUGUGCCCUGCUUCAAGGAUCGCAUGGUGCGCGCCACGCCCGAUAAUAUUCAGGAAAUAAAGUCGGCCGUUAAAGCUGUAAAGCUGCAGGAUACGGCGAACUUUACGGCGGGCCUGGAAUAUGCCUUCAGUCUGCUGCAUAAGUAUAAUCAAUCUGGAGCGGGCAGCCAAUGUAAUCAGGCCAUCAUGCUGAUUACGGAGAGCACUUCGGAAUCGCACAAGGAGAUCAUCAAGCAGUACAAUUGGCCCCAUAUGCCCGUCAGGAUAUUUACAUACCUGAUUGGCAGUGAUUCGGGCAGUCGCAGUAAUUUGCAUGAGAUGGCGUGCUCCAACAAGGGAUUCUUCGUGCAAAUCAAUGACUACGAGGAGGCGCGACGAAAGGUGAUUGACUAUGCGCUGGUGAUGGCGCGACCCAUGAUAAUGUACCAGGCGGAUCAUCCGGUGCACUGGAGUCCUGUCUUUGUGGCUGGGAAAUCUGGUGGACUGGGCAGAGAUUCGGAGUAUCAGCGACGUUUAGUGACGACAGUUUCAACUCCGGUCUUCGAUAGACGAAACCAUUCGGUGCGCGUGGCAAAUCUGUUGGGUGUGGUGGGCACCGAUGUGCCCAUUGAGGAGAUACGAAAGAUGAUACCACAGCACAAGCUGGGACCGAAUGGAUAUUCGUUUAUCGUCGAUAACAAUGGGCGUGUGCUGUACCAUCCCGAUCUGCGACCCCUGAGCGAUGGUAAUCAGUAUAUCGAUCAGCUGCGACCCAAAUACGCGUCCGUCGACAUUACGGAGUUGGAACUGCCGGAAACGGAAAUUGGCAACGAUCACGAGUUGGUCGAAAUUAACAAAAAUCUGCUCAAUGAGAUGCGCGGUGACAUGAUUCGCCCCAAGGAGGGUGAAACAGAGUUCACAGUGCUCAACCAUUACGAUGAGUCGAAGCGCGUCUCCACGCGCACCCAUCGCUAUUUCUAUGGACCCAUCGAGGAUACGCCCUUUACGCUAGCUAUUGUAUUGCCCGAAAAGUAUGGCAGCCAUGAGUUGGUCUCCCAACAGGAGAUUAGGCACUCGCGUAACAAUGUUACCGAAUACUUUAAGGGCGACAAUUGGCGCGUACAUCCCGAUUGGGUCUACUGCGAAUACAAUAGUGUCAGCGAUUUGGAGAAGGAGCGUGAGAGCUCCGGCGAGUAUACGUCGCGCGAUCAAGAGCCCAGCUUCGGGUCGCCAGAGGAGCAGGUAUUGCACUUUCUGGCACGCGCCGGACGCCCUGGUUGGAAGUGGAUGUCGGUGCGACCCAAGUCGCCGCAGCCACAUCAUAACCUGCACGGCACCUCGCCGAGUGCUGCCCACUUUGGUGCGCAGCAUCUGAAUGUGCAAGGUUCUCGCAAGGCGGAGCCCUACUACUGCGAUCGAACCCUCAUUCAGAGCUUGGUGCGCGAUGCAAUGGUCACCGAUGGUCUAGACAGGAAUACGACGAGCACUUCCAAUGGCAAGGAGGAUAAACAUCCAAUCGCCACAUUGAUGGCAAUUUUGAAGAGGCAAGGCUAUCAGAAGUUCGUGGUGGCAACAUCCUUUGUGGCGACACGAUCGGGUCUCUUGCGCUGGAUCGAUCAUAUCAAGAGACCCGAGGAUACGCCAGAGCCUCACUUCAGCGAGGACAAUGUGCGCGCCAUGGACUCGUCGUGGUAUAAGCGAGCCGUCGAUCAGCACACUGUGGAACCGGACAGCUUUGUCUACAGCGUGCCCUUUGGUUCGGGCUAUGCCAUCAAAUCGAAUGCGACUCUGGUCACCGCCUCGCACGCCAUAUUCGUGGAGCAUCGCGGACACAAGGCACCCGCCGGGGUUGUGGGUCUGCAGUUUCAGCACGAUUCUCUGGCCAAGCACUUCAUCAAUAUAACCUCAGCUUGCACUGGCAUGACGGGCUGUAAGCGUACCUGUGCCUCGGACAAUCUCGAUUGUUAUGUGCUCGACAAUAGUGGCUUUGUGAUCAUCUCUGAGGAAAUGGAGCAUACGGGCAAAUUCUUUGGGCAAAUCGAUGGCACCAUUAUGGAUUCACUAGUACAGGAUCGCAUAUACAAGCGCGUUACAGUCAAUGAUUAUCAAGGCGUUUGCUCCGACUCGGAUAAUCCCUAUACGGCAGCUGGUGGCAAUGUGCAGCCCCAUCGAUUUGGCAGCUGGAUUAUGCAGCACUUGGUGGCAUUGAGCGCUUCUUGGCUAGCCUUGAUGCCGGCCUCGUUGCGCGCCUGGCCACAGGACGAUUAUGAGACAUACGACAAUGAGGACGUAGUCUUUGUGGAAAAUAACUAUUCGGACGAGUAUGAAGAGAAUUUCGACAAUGAAUACACCAUGCCGGUGGAUCAAGAAAUGGAUGAAUUCUUUACCACAGCUGAUGUGGAAUAUACGACACCGCCACCCAAGCAACAUAGGCCACACAGCGGCCCCAGAUUCGCGCCCGAUCCGCAAAAUGCGCGCCGUUGCGAUUUACGCACCGAUCUUUAUAUGUUGCAACCGGAACGCUUGAAUCAAGGCGGCCAAAAUAAUCCACUCAAGGGUAAACUUACCAAUUGCCAUGUUUCGGGCUGUGAACGUCCGUUUAGUGUGCAAAAGAUUCCGCAUAGUAAUCUAAUAUUGCUCGUCGUGGACACUUUGUGUCCUUGUGGCUCCAAGCAGUUGGACAUUGAGCCCAUGGAAGAGUCGGGCAUUGUGGGAGCCUGCAGCACGCGUCGCCAGAGUCAGGAGCAGGAGUCGCGUCGUCGUCCCAAGAAGUGCAUCAACUAUCAUCCCGAAGAGAUUGAGAUACAGCAAUGUGGGCGUGGCAGCACUCUCCUGCACAUGUCCGCCUCCCUCGUUGCGGCGCACCUGCUGAUGGUCAGCGUGACGUUUGUGCUAGCCAAUGCGUGAUACGUGCACUAAAUCUAGCUAACUGAAAUGAGGAGUUGGUAAAGAGCAGAAGGAAAGGGAUUAAAACGAAGCACAAGCAGCAGUAUGAAUAUGUUAAGGCUUUUUUUACGAGCAGUGCAAGAAAUUUCAAAUGGAUUCCAAAAUGACGUAAAGCGAAGCCAAACAAUUAAAAUAAAAACAAAAACAGUU